UAUACAUAUCUUUACAUAUAUACUCCUGUUCUGUAGAAUAAAAGAUGACCACGGUCACAAGUCUGUUAUCUGAGAAUCCAGUGGUGAUUUUCAGCAAAACAACAUGUUGUAUAAGCCACUCAAUCAUAGCACUAGUGAGAAAAUUUGGAGCUAAUCCUACUAUUUAUGAGCUUGAUGAGCUUUCUAACGGGCGUGGAAUAGAGAGAGAAUUAAUGGAGUUAGGAUGCGACCCUAGCGUACCAGCUGUAUUCAUAGGGAAGAAACUAAUUGGGGGGGCUAAUGAGCUGAUCACUCUCAACUUGGAAGGCAAGCUUAAACCGCUACUUAUCAAUGCUAAUGCUAUAUGGAUGUAGUAAACAACUACACUGGUGUGCCUCAUAUAUAUUACUAGAGUCUUUUCAAAUAUAAUAAUAUAAAGUAUUUUACGGUACGGUAUACAUGGCGUAUACUAGGUCCUGUAACCUGUUCUUGUAAACUAGCACCAAGGGCAGCUUCUCUAAUGAGUUAUGAGUAAUGUCAGAUUGUACUCUAUCUUAAAGUAAUGGAUCAUGGAUGAUUCAGCUUUUUUAGUAAA